ACAUGCAAUAUUUAUGUACAACUUCUAUAUAAAGGGUACUCAUUCUAUUACUUUCAAAGAAAAGUAGAGCACCCAAAAAAAAACAAUCAAAAGAAAGAUGAAGAUGGCAAGUUAUUUGGAAGAGGGAUUGUUAGUAAAAAAGAAAGUAGAGGAAAAUAAUAACAAGGAGGAGGAAAAUAAUAUUAGUAUUGAAGUGAGAUGGGAGGUGAUAUGGGUUGAGAUAAAGAGGAUUGGUUAUUUGGCAGGGCCAAUGGCAUCAGUAACACUAUCACAAUACUUAUUGCAAGUAAUAUCUAUGAUGAUGGUUGGUCAUUUAGGCCAACUUUACCUCUCUAGCACUGCCAUUGCUAUCUCUCUUGCUACUGUCACUGGCUUAACUCUUCUUCUAGGAAUGGCAAGUGCACUAGAAACUCUAUGUGGACAAGCAUAUGGAGCUAAACAAUACAAGAAAAUUGGAACACAAACAUACACAGCUAUAUUCUGUCUCUUCAUAGUCUGCAUUCCUCUGUCCAUGUUAUGGAUAUACAUAGGACGAUUACUCGUAUUCAUCGGACAAGAUCCUCAGAUUUCACAUGAAGCUGGAAGGUUCAUAAUGUGUUUAAUCCCAACUCUUUUUGGUAGUGCAGCUCUUCAACCACUCAUUAGAUAUUAUCUAAUGCAAAGUAUGAUCCUUCCCUUGAUUAUAAGUUCAUUAGUAACAAUUGCAAUUCAUGUACCACUAUGUUGGAUACUAGUUUUUCACACUGGCUUAAAGAAUAUUGGGGCAGCACUUGCUAUGGACAUAUCAAUUUGGUUGAAUGUUACAAUUCUUGCUUCAUACAUGAGGUUCUCCCCUUCUUGUGAGAAAACUCGUGUGCCAAUUUCAUCGGAGAUUUUCCGUGGAAUGAAAGAAUUCUUUCGUUUUGCCAUCCCUUCAGCUAUCAUGAUAUGUCUUGAAGGAUGGUCAUUUGAGUUCAUUAUCUUGUUAUCCGGGCUAUUACCAAAUCCAGAGCUUGAAACUUCAGUACUAUCUGUAUGCCUCAACACUAUUGCUACACUUUAUUCAAUUCCAUAUGGUCUUUCUAGUGCUGUAAGCACGAGAGUUUCCAACGAGUUAGGAGCUGGAAAUUCACAAGGAGCGCGUAUAUCUGUGUUCACGGUGAUGCUCCUCACAGUAAUGGAGGCUAUACUAGUAAGCGCGACUCUCUUUGGUUGUCGGAACAUUUUUGGAUUCGUUUACAGUAGUGAGAUGGAAGUUGUGAACUAUGUAGCAAAGAUUGCUCCACUUCUUUCUUUAUCUGUCCUAAUGGAUGGCCUACAAGCUUCUCUUUCAGGUGUUGCUAGGGGGUGUGGUUGGCAGCAUAUUGGAGCCUAUGUCAAUCUUGCUUCAUUUUACCUAUUUGGAAUUCCUAUAGCUGUUUUAUUGGGUUUUUGGUUAGAACUUGGGGGAAAAGGCCUCUGGAUUGGCAUACUAUGUGGUGCAACUCUUCAAACUAUUCUCCUUUCUGUCAUAACAAGCUUCACUAAUUGGAAAAAACAGGCAGAAAUGGCAAAGGAGAGACUUCUUGAGCUAAAAUGAGUAUACAACAUGAUUGGUUGGUUUGGGGGGGGGGGGGGAGAAGAGCUCCCAUAUUGCUUCAAUUUUGACAUCAUCUUAUAUUUGGAAAUUGUACCUAAAAUUUGUUGUGUGGUCACCAAGUUUACGUCCUCAAUGUAACUUAUAUUCAUUAUUUUAUAUAAUCACAACAUUGGGUCUUGAAGUGUGAAGGUCUACAAGUAAUAAAUUAAAGGUUGGCCCUUUGUAGAUUGUACUUAGAUGUGCCACUUGUGUAGUCACCAAAUUUUAUUAUUGAAGAGUGAGAUUUUUUAAGAUUGGUA